AACAGUGUGAGGUUCUGAUUCACUACAGACAGCAGCAUGAGCUUUAGGACUAAACAUGAUGCAGAAAAAGCUCCUCCACCAGUAAUCCUGAAACUAGUCAAAACUCUGGCAAACCCCCCACCCCACCCCCAGGACAUCGAUAUGCCACGUGACCAAACGUCAAAUAAAGCAGCAGGGAAACUUUGGUCAUUAACUUCGCUGAGACAAUCGGGGCUGCGAAGGACGCUCAGUGAAAGGAAUAUGUCGCCUGCACCAGCAGAUGAGUUGGGCUACAAACCCCUGGAUGGUGGUUGGGGCUGGAUGGUGGUAGUUGGGGCCCAUAUUUCCAUUGGAUUUGCCUAUUCCACGCCAAAAGCCUUGUCCAUUUUCUUCAAAGAGAUCCAAGAGGAGUUAGGGGCCAGCUACAGUGAAAUAGCAUGGAUUUCCUCAAUAAUGCUGGCUGCCAUGUACGCAGGCGGACCUGUGAGCAGCGCAUUGGUCAAUCGCUUUGGAAGCCGGCCAAUAGUAAUACUUGGUGGACUGAUGUGUUGGGCCUCUAUGGUAACUGCUUCUUUUGGGACCUCCAUCAUUUACAUCUACUUUUUCAUUGGUGUCAUUGGAGGUUGUGGACUUGCCUUAAACCUGAAUGCAUCUCUCACCAUCAUCAGCAAGUACUUCCUGGCCAAGCGGCCGUUAGCCAAUGGCCUGGCCAUGGCUGGGAGUCCAGUGUUUCUGUGUUUUUUGGCCCCUCUAAACCAAUACUUACUUGAUAAGUUUGGCUGGAGAGGAAGUCUGCUUAUCCUAGGGGGUCUGAUGCUCAAUUGUUGCGUUGCUGGGGCCCUGAUGAGACCUGUUAAUGCACCUUGUAAGCCAAUCUCUGGUGCCUACCAGAAGAUGGUGGAGGAACAGCCGAAUAACAGCAUCACUAAGCUAAAAGGAAGCUGUGUGAAGAAUUCAAAGAAGUUCUUGGAUUUGACCUUCUUCAAGGAUCGAGGCUUCAUUAUCUACCUCAUAGGAAAUAUGAUGUUCAUCUUCGGUGCCUAUGCACCCAUUGUGUUCCUACCAGCCUAUGCUAUAGACCAAGGUGUAGAAGAAUACGCUGCAGCCUAUCUGCUCUCUAUCAUGGGCUUUGUGGACAUGUUUAUUCGUCCUGGCACUGGCCUAGUGGCCAACAGCAAGUGGAUCAGGCCCAGAAUCCAGUACUUUUUCAGCUUUGCUAUGAUUUUCAAUGGAACGUGCCACUUAGUGUGCCCACUGCUGAAGAGUCAUGCCCUCCUGGUGGCCUAUGCAGUAUGUUUUGGUAUUGGGUUUGGCAUGGUUUUUGCCCUAAUAUUUGAAUGCCUGAUGGACCUGAUGGGAAACGAACGCUUCCCCAGUGCUGUUGGACUGGUCACCAUCAUCGAGUGCUUCCCCAUGCUACUGGGCCCACCUACUGCAGGGUUACUGGUGGACAUCUAUGGAGACUACAAGUACCUUUUCAUGAUGUGUGGCUCUGUGAUCGUGGCUGGUGGACUCUUCCUCUUUGUUAUGAACACCUGCAACUAUCACAUGCUGGAAAAAGAGAAGACAGCAAAGGACAGGCACCAGCACCAGGACAACCAGGACAACCAGGACAACCAGGACAACCAGGAGAACCAGGAGAACCAGGAGAACCGGGACCAGGUGAGCAUCUUAGAGGCAGCCCAGCAAGGUCCAAGACUGGAGAACACAGAAACACCAAAUUAAAUACAAUUCCUAUUUUACAUGCAUGUUAGGGAUACAUGUAUGACAGUGUGCUUGUGUUGAGACAACACAAUGACUGAUUCCAGCUUUCUCACACACUAAUUUACUCAUUGUUUCAUUUGUUAAGAUAAAAACAAUUGUUUUGAUGUUCAAUUAACCAUAAAGCCAUUUAACAAGAAAAUGAGACUAAGAGGCAUGUUAGCAGCUUUUUGAGGCUUUACAUCAAUACAGAGGAGCUUUGAGCUAACAUCAGUAUGCGUACAUCGUCACAGUUACAUGCUGAUGUUUAGCAUGUUCACUAUCUUAGUUGUAAUGUGCUAGCAUUUUAGCAUAAUUAGUCCUAAACACAGAGGACAGCUGGGCCUGAAUUUAACAGAUAUUAAGUUAUAAACAACAAAUUAAAAAGUUUGACCCGAUGAUGGUGCUCAAUGAAAAAUGUAAGAAUCAUUGAAGUUCCCACAUUUCAUCCUGAGGUAGACAUAAAUGUGUUAUUAAAUUUCAUAGCAAUCCUAUCUAAACUUGUUGAAACAUUUCAUUCUGAACCUCAUUCUGAAGAUU